CGGAGGGCGCCGUCGCUACGUCGGUCACGUCAUCGCGCACGGAAAGGCGGGCUACGGCCUGGGAACUGUGUGGAUUAGAACGUGAGGAGAUUUCCCCCCUUGAAUGUUGUAGUGAAUGGUUUCCCGCCAUAGAGAGGACGGAGAGCGGUGAGGGGUGCUGGACGCUCGCCUAGGCCGCCAGGCACCUGUUUUGAUACCGUAAGCAAUCUGCCAGUGUUGACUGGCAUUGGAACCCAAAACCAGGAAAAUGCCGGGAGUUACCCAAUGUGAAAGUCAAACGGUCCUGGCCAAAGCCAGUCCCACCAGAAAGAAUCGCCUAUCUCUACGCUUCUUCCAGAAGAAAGAAACGAAAAGGACCUUGGACUUUGCCGAAACACCGCAAACCGAAAGCCAGAGUGUGGAGGAGAAGGAGCCCGAAGUCUCUGAUCAAGUAGUUCCUGCUGCACAGUUAUCCCCUCCUGCCUGCUGUGUGAAGAAAGAUAGCCUGGUUCCAUUCGUAGGCUUCAACAACCUUGGCAACACAUGUUACCUCAACAGCAUUCUUCAGGUUUUAUGUUACUGCCCCGGGUUCAGAAGUGGAAUUAAGCACUUGUGUGAUGUUAUUUCGAAGAAGAGGGUGACUUCAAAGGAUGACACUGAACAGGUGCUUGAAAAGGACGGUGUGAAGGAAGACUUGCCAGCCAGCUAUGAGGUGAUCUGCAGUCUAAGCUCCCUGGUUCACUCUGCUGAACACCUUCAGCUUAGUUUUCUUUUGAAUCCAGAAAAUUAUGAGACUGAACUUGCUGCUCAACCGAGAAGACUCCUAAACACAUUAAGGGAACUUAAUCCCAUGUAUGAGGGAUAUCUUCAACAUGAUGCACAGGAGGUCUUGCAGUGCAUAUUGGGGAACAUACAGGAAGCAUGUCAGGCUCUCAAAAAGGAGAUGAAAAGCUUACAAAUGCAAGACCCAGCCAAACCCCAACCUGAAAAAGGACCCAUCCCUUGUGAAACCCUAGAGAAGCCUCAAAAUGAUUCUUCUUGCCCAGAAACGGAGGCUGAAACCAAUAUAAAUGGGAAGCGAAAGAACGAACAUGAAGUUGGUAAUGCAAAGAAAAGGACAAAGCUUUCCAAAGAGCCUUCUCUGGAGGAGCAGAGGGUGACCAGAUCUAAGAGGAAGUCCGAUAAACAAGAUGGCAAAGUGGAUAGUUCUAAAUCUGCUAAUCUUCCUACUCAAAAGAAAUCCAGAUUAGGCCUGCACUGGCUCAAGUCUGGCAAGCAGCCUAGUAUUCUAUCCAAGUUCUGUAACCUAAAUAGAAACUCCAACACAUCACCUAAAAGUCCUCCAGCUGAGCACCGUGCCCAAAGUAUAAAACCAGAGCUUGAGAGGAUAGAGAAUGAGAAACCAGUGAAGGAUAUUGGUGACUGCAAACAAGAGGAAAGCAAAGAUGCAGAGCCUUCCCAGAAUGAGUCAACCGAGUUGGAACUGGUGGAGAAAUUGUUCCAGGGCCAACUGGUGCUGCGGACUCGCUGCCUUGAGUGCGAGUGUUUCACAGAGAGGAGGGAAGAUUUCCAGGAUAUCAGUGUACCUGUGCAAGAAAACGAUCCCCCCAAAGUGGAAGAGAACUCGGAUAUCUCUCCUGAUUCCAGAACGGAAAUCAAGACCUUGAAAUGGGCCAUAUCCCAGUUUGCAUCAGUGGAGAGAAUUGUCGGAGAGGAUAAAUAUUUCUGUGAAAACUGCCAUCAUUACACAGAAGCGGAGAGAAGCCUUUUGUUUGACAAGAUCCCGGAAAUAGUAACCAUCCAUCUGAAAUGCUUCGCUGCAAACAGCUCAGAGUUUGACUGCUAUGGAGGCCUUUCUAAAGUAAACACGCCUUUGUUAACACCAUUACAAUUAUCGCUGGAGGAGUGGAGUACCAAACCUUCCCCGGACCUCUAUGGCCUGUUUGCAGUGGUAAUGCACAGUGGAGUGACAAUAAGCAGUGGCCACUAUACCGCAUAUGUAAAACUUGAUGACAUCCAUAACUUUGAACUCAACCAGAUCAAAUUCCCCGGGGACCACCAUGACAUGGGUAAAACUGAACCUCUAACGCAGGAUGUCCAAACAUCCGAUGAAACCCACGACGGCGAAACUUCAUGUCGAGCCAAUACGAAUUUGCCAUCAACUAGUAAAGUAAAUAAAAAGGGGAACGAUGCCAUUGGACUUCUUGGCGGACAAAAAAGUAAAUCUGACUUUGAGCAGCUGCCAACACCUAAAACUCCGAAAACCGAGAGAGUGUCCAGCGCUGUAUCGGACGGGAAAGGACUGUCUGACGCCAACGGUGAUCUCCAUUCGGAUAACGAUCAGAAAGUUCAGUCUUUUUCAGAUGGACUCUGCUCAAGUAAAUCCGCUGCCCAUUUCUUACACAUUCUAAAGGAGUAUGAAGGCAAAUGGCUGCUUUUUGAUGACUCUGAAGUGAAGGUCACAGAAGAACGGGACUUUCUCACCACAAUUUCCCCCACCACUCAGUCUACAUCUACUCCCUAUCUACUCUUCUACAGAAGACUAGCCAAGUAGAGUCACCGCACACACUUUGCACCUUUGUACAUUGUAUAAAGUCUUCCAUUGUCAGAAAGGACAGUUGUGUAUAUAAUUGUAUUUUGUAUAUAACAGAUAUUGCUGGGUUGACGAGUCAGUUUUCACCAUAAACCUUUGGAAUUAUUGUGUUAAGCGUUUGUAUAUAGAGUUUAUGGUUUUGUUCUUGUACAUUUUUUUUUUUUUUCUGACACGUAAUUACACUUGAUUAUUUUCUAACUUUUUAAAAUAAAGUUUCCUAUCCAAAAUUCAGGAGUCCCAUUGCAGGACCCAAGGCCAUUACCAGGACAACUUUUUUUUAUUUAAAAUGGGAGUCAUGGAAUUUGAUAGAAAGCUACUUUACAAACAAGCAAUAAUGUAUAGGCUUUAUAAAUUUAUUUAUUAAUGAAUCUAUAGAAUGAUGGCUUCUGUAUGUUGUGCAGACUGAAAACCUUUAUAGCUUAUAUUGGGGGUAACAGAUUCUAUAUCUGUAACAUUCUUCCUCUGGGGCAGUUUCUAACUUUCAUAUAUUAGAAAGUUUCUUACAAUUUUUGUAAUUAAAGUAUUUCUUACUUUUGCCUUGA